AUGAGCAACACACCCAACCAGGAGAAGCCUACCCAGGCACAUUCCCCAGCCAGUGGGCCUAAAAUACCCCCCCGACCGGUACAGCUGGUGGCCGACCCUUCAGUGCCUAAACGUCUGUGCUUCUACAAGAGUGGUGAUUAUACGUUUGGUGGGCACCGUUUGGUUAUCAGCCCGCGCACCUUCAAGACAUUUGACGCACUCCUAGAUGCCCUUUCCAAAAAAGUGCCAUUGCCAUUUGGCGUACGGACCAUCACCACACCCCGAGGGAUCCACAUGGUGAAGGGAUUGGAUGAUUUACAGGAUGGGGGGUCCUACCUGUGCUCUGACCAGAGGCGGGUGAAGCCGCUCAACUUGGAGGAGGUCAACCGGCGGCAGGUUCCCUGGAAAACUGCCAGAGCCUUAAGCGCCGGUCGUCGGCGGCGUCAGGGACUCCAAUUGGGGUCCUUCGUUAAGGGGGAUGACACCGGCGACAGGCCGGCAAAGGUUCAGGAGCGUGUUGCAGUCAGGACACCGAGGAGACUAGUGGUCAUCAAGAACAAGGAUCCCACUGUGAGACGCACGAUUGUGUUGCAGAAAAGGACAGCGCCCACAUAUGACGCUUUACUAGACUACCUCUCGCAGAUUCUGCAAUUUCCGGUGCUCAAACUCUACUCUAUCGAUGGCCGAAGAAUUGGGGGUCUCGCUGCCCUGAUCUUGUGCUCUGGAUUCUUAGUGGCAGCGGGCAAUGAGCCGUUCAGGCUCAACAACCACAAUUUCCACAGGACAAGCCAAACAGUCCAAGCAAUGUUUAUGGAAACAGGGCAACCCUCCAUGCUGCAGCUUCAACAACACAACCACAAAUCCAAUUCCAGCAGAAAAGGCUCCAGGAAUUUUUCUCUGUCAUCUGAGCAGUACAUCAUCAACCAGAUAAACAAGUCUCGGAGGGGAAGUGCAAACAAUCCUGAAAGAUCUCUCGAAUUCAACCCGACUUGCUUGGAAACACAUGGAUCUAUGACAGCAGCUCACCAACGUAAUGCGUAUAUCUUACCUCAGGACGACGACAUCGAGAAAUCCUUCCGGGUGAACCAAGACGGCAGCAUGACCGUCGAGAUGAAAGUGCGUCUCACCAUUAAAGAAGAGGAGAUGCUCCACUGGACCACUACGGUUAGCCGUUCUAGCCUUAGAAUGAGGUCAAUUUGUGCCUCAGGUACCGAGUCAGGUAAGAUCUCACCUGACUCGAACACUUACGUUGCCAAAGGACCCUCAGACAUAUGCAAUGAUGAAGCAAAAGAUCAAAACCAGCCUCGCACAAUUGGAGGGAUGGUCAGCUUUAACAACAUGAGGGAAGCAAAAAACAAAAUCAGACGCGUGCCUACUCCAGGUCUUCGUCGUGUGAAGAAGGAGGAGUCUGUUGAGAGUAUAAAGAUGCUGACAGAGUCUGAGGUCCAAGAGAGCACUGUGGGCCAUUAUUCAUAUUUGGAGAGGAUGACUGAAGGAGAGACAAUGGAGGGAUACUGCAGGGUCAGACACAGCAACAGUAGCCAACGAGUCUCAAAACCUCGGAAGACGGUUCCAGAAGGCAACAAUACCUCGCUUAUAAAGUCAUCAGGAGUAGCUGAAGUCCUCAAAAUAGAAAAUGAUGGGAUUGAGAUCCGAGAGACUGUUAUGCGUAUCUAUGAGAGUCAUGGCUGUUACAACAAUUACUUAGCUAAUAAAGGUGUAGAUGGCACACCUUUGAAUAGUUCUCCAGUGCCACAAAGCCACCAGUCCACAGCCUCAGAACUUAGUUUAUCCAGCGAUGACAUUGACUUUAGCUUGCAGCAGCCGACUGCUGACUCAAUCCAAAGACAGAAAGAGGAGAUGUUGUCAUUGUCAUCAGAGCCAGUUCCCCAAACACACCAGGUCAUAAACAGUCCAUCUUUAGAGUCUAAGAAUGUAGUUACAUUGGAAAAAAACUCUUCAACUCAUCUUGAGAAAAAAACAGGGACUAAAAAAACACCACAUUCAAGGCUAAUUGAUAAAAAACAUAACCGCUCAACAGUAGAAAAACUUAAUAACACUGAUUAUAAUGGAAAAAAGAGUCUCAGUUCAAAUGAAAGUGGUCCAAACCCAAAGCUAGUUGAAAAAAUGCAUAAAAACAUGUCAAGUAGACACGGAAAGGAAUCACAAACAUUAGUCAGAAACAUGAAUAAAAUAGUUGCUAACUACAAUGGCCACAAUGUAAAUACCCCAUUUGUAAGGCCUUCCAUGAAGAAAAAUGUCUCAGAUCUUUUAAAACUAAAGAAAUCGUCAAAAAGUAAGAUAGGCAGCAAGUCCAUAUCGAUAACUGACAACAAACUGUCAUCCUCAGAGUUGGCUAAACACAGUGUUUCAAAGCUUUCACUCCACCGAUCCCCCGCUGAAAUUCAUCAGUAUGUUGAGAACUGGUUGGAGGAAGUAAUUCCAGACCCGGUGGUUUAUAUGGUCACCUCAGAUGCACCAGAACCAUCAGCUAAGGUUUUAUUUCAAAUCGGUUGUGAUUCUGAAACUGAGGAUAAGACUGAAACAAAGACUGAUCCAGAAGAUUAUUGUCAGACUCCCUCCGGAGCUCUGAAGGCCUCGACCUCUUGCCUCUCAGUUCCUAUCAUGCUUCAAGAAAAUAAAGAUAUAGAUGAUUCAACACCGACGGUUGAACCUGCCCAUCAGCAGAACUGCGUAUUAUCAAACUUCGCUGAUGUGUCAACGAAUAAAACAUCAUCAUCUACAGUCGACAUUUUAAGCCUCAAAGAAAAGAUGAAACCAGUCGUGCGGGAAAUUUGUUCCUCGAUUCAGUCAAUGCGACUGACGUCCGACCAAUCAAGCAGUCCUGUUGAUUUCCCAUCUCAGGUAGCUCUAGUGUUUGGCUCCUCAUGUAAAGUCUUCCUCUCAUUCUUGUCAGUGAUGGUUUUAAGAGAUGGUCUCAUGGACAAAUGCACUGGAGCGGACAACACUUCAGAGGCAAUGAACUUCAUGAAGUUCCUCCAGAAUAUUUCCGCCAUUGAGGACUUGGACGAGCAACGGGCAAGUCUGACUGAUUUGCACAGUGGAGCAUCACACAAGUUCAUGAAGAGCUGGACAGAUUUCCAAAUUUUGAGGGAUAAUUUAGAAACACAAUCACCCAUGCCUAAUUUUCAGGACAAACAAGAUUUAGUUUGGUUCCAUGGAUUAAUAGCUGACGAGUUAAUGAACGAGCUGGAUAUGCCUGGCCAAUUCAGAAUAGAGAUUUCCUCAGCAUUUCUACUGUUUCUCAGAGAAGACCGCACUGAUGUUGAACUUGAAAUAAACUCCCCAGAAUCGGAAAAUAUGGAACAAGUUAUUCAGGACACUGAUAUAAAACAAAGCUUUGACAAUGUUUCCAUUAAUGAAAACCCAAAUGAUAAGGGUAAUGGCUCAUCAUGGGAAGAAGACUCUGCUAAGGAAAUGGACUGUGACAAAGAAGUAUCACAAAUAGACAAAGAGGAGCUCCAAGUUCAUGUGAAAAAUGUAAAGGGUGAAGAUAGUCACACGGAGGAAUCUGAAGAAAUGAUGGAUGAAGAGUAUAGAAAAAGAAACACUGAAGAGAAAGCAGUAAGACAAGAACAUGAGAAAGUAGAGGACCGUUGCAAGGUAAUGGAGGAGAACAAGGAAAAUCAGCAAACAGACAAGGUAGUCGAAGAGCCAGGUGUCAUAGCAAUCAAUAAAGAACACAAAGAAGCAAGACAAGAUAGUGUAGUGAAAGGUUUUGACACAGAUGUAGUAGAGGAAAUUGAAGACAAUGAUGUAGAGACCAUCGCUGAUGAGAGAACUGAGGAUGUUGACAAUGAGACGAAAUCUGUGAAGGACCCUGUUGAGAGGGAUGGGAAAGAUUUGGAGAAUGACGAUUCAAAUUGUGAAAAGGAUGAGAAACAUUUCAUUGAGGAAGAAACAAAGGCCUUGGAUAAAGACAACAAGAAGGAGAGUAAUGUAAACCUUACUGAACCUACUAUAGACGAGGGACAAGUAGGUGUAAAAGAAUGGCCAGAGAAGCUGGAAGAGAACGAGGACGAUUAUCAAGAACAUAGUGCGGGGGAAGAAUCAGUAAACAAAGUGCCUGGUGGGACACCAACUAAACAGAAAAGUGGAGCACAUUUGCAAUAUUCUCAAGAACUGAACCCAGAGUUUUUAAGCGAGGACAACAACAAAAAAGGUCAUUCUUGUGGUAAGGUAACUGAACAUAUUACAGAUGACGAACAUGUAGAUAUAAGCGAACAGACAGAGGAGCUGGAGAAAGAUGAGGAUAACACUAAAAACACUAGUUCAGUGGAAGAAUCUGUCGACCAUGUAGAAAAGCCAAGUGAAGCAGAGGAUAAAGAUAACUCGAGAUGUUCCCUAGAACAAAAUUCAAAGGUAGAAAGUCUAGAAAAUGCCACCGAUAAGGACGAAGUAGACAAAAAUGAGGAUGAUUGUGAGGAUGAAGUAAGAGAAACGGAGGACAUUGAUGAAAACAUGGAAGAAGAAAUAGAGGUAUUGAGUGAGGAGAACACUGGUAAGGUGCAUGGUGAUGGAAAUGUACAUGAACUUACUGCAGAUAUAGAACAAAAAGAUCCAACAGAACAAACAGAGAAAAUCGAUGAAGAUCAUGUGGACACCUGUCCCAUGGAAGACUUUGUAGAGGAGAAGCCAAAUCAAACGUCAACUAAAGCAGAGAUUGAAGGUGAUUGCAUCGAGGACUUGAAUGAGAGACAUUCACAAGAAACAAAUUCAGAAGUGGAAGUUCUAGCAACUGACCCUGUUACAAGCCCACAAAAUGAAUCUAGUGAGGAACACCAGCCAAACACAAAACACAGUACUGAAACCCUACCGGAAAAUUUGUCUGAUGAGCGCUUCGAGGAGGACAUAGCUCAUGAAAAUGAGGCAAUAAUACAACAUCCGGUGCAAAGAAACAGUAUAAGCCACCCUGCGGAAAUAUCACAAGAGCUUCUAGACUUUGUGAAUUCUGCACUGCAGUCUUCCUCGCUUAUAUUUACAUAUGAUGAUCGAGGAAACAUUAGGAUAGAGUCAGACCGUGCUCAAAUUACAAAAAUGAAGAAAACCCUUGACAACGACAGCUUGAGCGAUUGCCCGUAUGGUUCGAAAUGCCUCCAGAGCCCGAUCACCUCAGAUUUAUCAGAUUACAGACCAGAUAGUUUGGAGAGCGGUGGCUAUCAAAGUCAACAAUCUGCAGACAUUUCUUCAGAGAGUAGUGAAGAGAAAACCUCUGGAGACUUAGCUAAAGAAACUAAUCCGGAGUGUAAUACCUCUCGAAUAUCCAAAAGUCAAUCUGAAAGUGAAAAUAUCUCUUCUGGUGAUUCACCUACAAAAUCUUUGAGGGAGGUUCUGACUAACUGCAGAAAAGUAGACCAUCACCCACCUCCUACGGAGGAAAGCAACCCAGAAACUAGUGAUGGUGUAUUGAUUGACCAAGGCCGAUGGUUGCUCAAAGAAAACCACCUGAUAAGAAAUUCACCUCCAAUCUCGGAGGGCAUGUACAAGGAUUUGGACACGACAAGCACGGGGAACUCCAGUGAUGAGUCCUUAACUCACCUGAUAAGCCAGCACACUCCUCUUGCUGCCAUAUCCUCAUCUGAACUGGAAGAUCUGGCUAAGCCUCAACCCCCGAGAUGCAGCUACUUCACGAUGCCUCAUGGAAGCGAUUCCGAUCCAUUCCCGGAUGACGCUAGCGACAGAAGCUGGAGCAAAGACCCUCAUCAUACGAAAGGGAAAGGUGUCAGGGUGUCACCAGCGAUCGACACUUCUAAUAUGCGGGGUAACAAAAACGGGAGUUUUUCUUCUUUUGCCUCAGUGGAAUUUAAAAUUGCAGACAGAAAAGUGCACCCCGAGGUAGGAGAAUCCUCAGGUGGUGCAGAAUCAAGAGAGAACUCAGAUAGCAGGUGGUCACGAGAGUCGACGGAUACAAUGAAUGUGAGGUGCGGAGAGUUCUGUCAAAUUUUAUGA